CAGUCGUCGAUAUCAUUUUGAUCAUGCGACUGGAUUUCAUUACAAUUCUUGUUCUUUUUAGUUUUUUCGUCUCAACAAAUGCAGGAAACAAACGGCAGCAAAAAAUUAGGAAAAAUGGCCUCAAGUCCGCUAGAAGGCCAAUGAUUAUCAAAUGCUGCGGUAAAUCUUCGUGUCAGCCGAAGACAUCAAACUCUCGGUCUACUUUCACUCAUAAAAAUUCAACUUCAUCUCUAAAAAAUUUAAAUUCGAAAAAGACCACACCAGUCGAGGCAAACCUCCAAUCAAGUGACGAGAGCUCUACCACUUUAGCAGCCUCAAAUGAAGACACCAGCACAGAAUUCAAUGCGAUUGUAUCAACCACGCUGAUGGGACAAAGCAUUAAUUUUGAACUCGUAACAACCACCGACACUACAGAUGGUGGGAAAUCGUCUGGAAAUACCAUGUCAUUCAGCACAAGUAAAACUAUCGUCCCGGCUCAAACUACAACAAAUCCAGGCUCGAAUGUUGCAACUCCAAUGAUCCCAAUAACGACUACCUUGACCACCAUCACGGCUCUGGUUUCGACAAGUACAAUCAAAACGACCACUCCUCCUCCUCAGAUUAAACUCGUUUUUGAAAGUUUCGAUCAAAUUUUGCAAGUGGAGAAAGACAUGAAUCUUUUUAAUACAGACGGGACUUUGAAAGAUGCUGACAAAUACGGCUCGUGGGUUCAAUCCUGCGGCCUCCAAUUUUUGUUCACAAUGAAUCCGGUUAAUUGGACGCAAAAUUUCGUCAACUGCAGCAAGCUAGGGAUGGCGCCUCUGACUUUUAGUAAAAAGGAAACACUCCAAUGCUUCAAGAACUUGACCUCCGACUGGAAGUUCACUUCCAACUUUUGGACUUCGGCGACGCGCGUCAGUCCCUGGGAUUUCGUUUGGGGCAAAGAAAACGUCACGGUCGACAUGCCCAACGUUCCCUGGGCGUUCAACCAGCCAGACAUUCAGAACAAGAACCAGAAUUGCUUGCAAAUGAAUGUGGUCAAAGGCAAUGCGACGAUCCAAUUCUCUGCCAGCGUCUGCUCCGAUUCGUACUUUUUUUCUUGUCAAGGUCCACCAAUGCCAACCAAAGCACCGAAAUGCUCUUUUCCCAUCUGCCCGAAUAUUACGUGCACGAAAAAUGUACGUAAAUUUAUUUCGGGAAUUUGCCAAUAUAAUCAAAUUUCAGCCAAAAUAUUUCAAGAAUUCGUCUUCUGGGGCGCAGUUUUUGGACAGUUAAGUUCACUUAAAAAUCAAAUUUGUGGUCUAACUGAAUUUUAGAAGCUUAUCAGUACGGUGGCUGGCUCUCGUCCAAGGGCCGAGUCUACAUGUUUAGCAAGCCGGAAGAUCUGCAGACCUUUCAAGGUGCAAUGGUCAAAUGUUGCUAACUUGGGAUGACCUUGCUGAGUCUUGCGUACAACUACAAAUACGAAGCUUUG